AUGAAAUUUAUACUAUUUGUCGCUCUGCUGGUUAUGAGUUUCACUAGCCUGGUUCAGGCUAGCAAGUUGGUUGUCGCACACUUCAUUGUUGGAAACACAUACCCAUAUACCGUUGAAAAUUGGGAACAAGACAUUAAGGAUGCUCAUUCAGCAGGAAUUGAUGGUUUCGCUUUAAACUUAGGUAGUGAUGCUUGGCAAGUCGAGCGUAUCAGUGAUGCCUACGAAGCAGCUGCUAGCGUAUCUUCAGAUUUUAAGCUUUUCUUAUCCUUUGAUAUGACCGUUAUGCCAGCAAAUUCGGAUUACAUUGAAGGACUAGUGAGAAGAUUUGCUAACAGCCCUAAUCAAUUAUGGUGGGAUAACAAAGUUUUUGUUUCGACCUUUUCUGGUGAAAGCGACUUUUUCGGAUACUCAGAUGUUAGUACCGGAUGGAAUUCUGCUAUAAAGGAACCACUAGAAUCUGCCGGAUAUCCUAUUUUCUUUGCUCCAAGUUGGACUUCCUUGGGAGGAGGAGCUUUACAACAAAGCGUAACCGAUGGCUUUGUUUCCUGGAACACAUGGCCUACAAGUUCUGCUGAUAUGAAUGCUAAUGAUGACCACUAUUACAAGCAAUUAGCGAAUUCUUUGGGUAAAAUUUACAUUGCACCUAUUUCACCAUGGUUUUAUACCCACUUAGCUUAUAAAAACUGGGCUUACAAAAGUGACUGGCUCUAUAUGGAUCGCUUGCAAGAAAUGUUGGAUGUUCAACCUGAUAUGAUUGAGGUUUUGACCUGGAAUGACUUUGGUGAGUCUCAUUAUAUCGGUAAGGUCCAAGGUGCUUUACCUUAUGGAUCUGAGGAUUAUGUUCAAGGCUUUGAUCACACUGCUUGGCGCCUUAUGAUGGCUCCAUAUAUUGCUGCUUAUAAAGAUGGAGCAACUAAACCCUAUAUCAACUUUGAGUCUCUCUUUUACUGGUAUAGACCUACUUCGAAGUACAGUGUACCUACUAAGGAUAGUGUUGGUUAUCCUUCUGGCGGUGAUUAUGAUGAAGACAAAAUUUUUGCUGUAGUGUAUCUGCUGCAGUCUGCUGAAAUCACCAUCUCGUGCGGUGAAAACAGCCAAACUUUCACUGGCAAUGCAGGUGUUAACCGUGUUUCUAUAAACAUGGUUCCAGGCUCUAGUCCUAGAUUCAGUGUUUCUCGACAAGGUAAUGAAAUGGCUUCACAAACUGGACCUAAAAUCGAGGGAACGACUUCUGUUUAUAACUUCAAUGCCUAUACUGGCACGUUGUUUUUUUAA